GGCACCAGAGACACAAAGGCCUGGGGUGUCUUGGGGUGAUGACGGGGCGUGUGGCUGUGGCGGCGGUGCUCCUGCUGCGUCUUGGAGGCACCCACGGCACCAGGGACUGUGAGGAUCUUCAUGGAGUGGUGGUCGUCAGUGAAGGAGGGAAGGAGACAAUUUGUGAGGAGAGACGAGAAACAGGAAGAUAUAGUGAGUCGACAACAGUGUACGUGAAGCCGGGAGAUGACUUCAAGGGAGUUAGUCUUGGAGUGACACAAACAUUACGAUCUUAUGUACAAUAUCAUCAAGUAGCUUGGUUUGGCCUUGACAAGUGUUACAGCGACAACAAGUGGAUCAAACUGAAGGUGGAUGUGGAAGCACCAAAUAUAUUGAACAAAAUUCUGCAUUUCACCCUAAACAUUGAAGGAUACAGAGGAAGAUGCACAAGGAAACUAUCAUGGAACAAAGUCAUCACUGGCCUUAGUAUUGUGGCUCACGGCUCUUCCAGCUGGACAAGCACAGCCGAAGAAACGGGCGGCAGAUGUCACGGUCCGGAAGAAUUCACGAAUCUGCAGAACCCAAACACCUGCACGGAUCCGCCCGACCCUAUCACCACCACCACCACAUCAACACCACCUCCAGGUACCACCACCACCACUACCGCAACAACAACAACAGCACCUCCAGGUACCACCACCACGACCACCACCACCACCACAUCAACACCACCACCUCCAGGUACUACCAAAACCACCACCACAACAACAACAGCACAUCCAGUGGUGAUAGCGGUGCCGAUAGCGGUGGUGGUGGCGGUGAUCCUGGCCAUUGUGGUGUGUGUGACCUACCGGAGGCGACGGCGUGGACAGGGAGAGGGGCAGGGUGAGUAUGUGUGUGUGUGUGUGUGUGUGUGUGUGUGUGUGUGUGUGUGUGUGUGUGUGUGUGUGUGUGUGUGUGUGUAUGACGUGCGUGUGGAUGGGGAGGUGUUUGCUAUGAUUGGGAAGGGCAAAAAGAAGCAGAACACACGGGAAGGAGGCGUAGCCCUACUCCAGAGGAAAAGUAAGGGUUUCAGAGUGGAAGAAGUGAAUGUAGGGGCCAGUGCGGACAGUGAAGAUGUUUUAGCAGCGAAAGUGGAGUGUGUGAAUGCCAAGGUGCCCCGCGUCGGCGGCGAGGUAGACGUCGACGACAACUACAUGGACGUGGCUCCGCCCGAGGGCCCCACCGUGCUCCCGCGUGUGGCGCCGCGUCUUGGGCAGGCCGCCUCCUGGCGCGUCGGUGGCGAGGUAGACGUCGACGACAACUACAUGGACGUGGCUCCGCCCACCGUGCUCCCGCGUGUGGCGCCGCGGCUUGGGCAGGCCGCCUCCUGGCGCGUCGGUGGCGAGGUACAGGUCGACGACAACUACAUGGACGUGGCUCCGCCCACCGUGCUCCCGCUUGUGGCGCCCUUGCUUGGGCAGGCCGCCUCCUGGCGCGUCGGUGGCGAGGUACAGGUCGACGACAACUACAUGGACGUGGCUCCGCCCACCGUGCUCCCGCGUGUGGCGCCGCGGCUUGGGCAGGCCGCCUCCUGGCGCGUCGGUGGCGAGGUACAGGUCGACGACAACCACAAGAAGCCGCCCACGGGCCCCACCGUGCUCCCGCGCAUGGCGCCGUGGCAACAGGAGCCAGACUACUUGUACUUCGGCAACGACGAGGAGCACAUCUACGACGAGAUCCCCUAG